AUGCGAUCGUGGGGGGCCCCUUCGUGGUACUGGCGCCGCUGGAGGUACUGCUGGUGCUGGGUCUUGCUCGUGGCUUUGGCCGUGGGCUCCGGGGGGACGGCGUGGAGCUUCGCGGAGGCUUGCCCGUCCUCCUGCUCGUGUAGCGGCUCGCGGAUCUCCUGCGUGGACCCGGAGCGAGGCAUCAGCGGCUUCCCCGCGCUGCAGAGCGAGGCGGAGAUGGAGAACAUCACCGACAUUUACAUCGCCAACCAGAGCAGCUUCUCCUCCAUCAACGACAAAGACCUGCACUACUACAAGAACCUCAGGAACCUAACGGUGACCAACAGCCGGCUCACAUAUGUGUCCAAACUGGCCUUUCAGAACAACCUCAAACUGCAAUACCUGAAUAUGAAAGAUAACAACCUGUCAUCACUGUCCUGGAGGAUCUUCAGACACCUCAACAUCUCCUAUCUGAUCCUGUCCGGAAACCCUCUGCACUGCUCCUGUGAAAACAUGUGGAUCAAACUGACCCUGGGAGAAGAGGCUGACAACCAGGAGCUGCGCUGUACAGAGGACGGAGGACGGAAGAAACUGCUGUCCAGAUUCACCCUGCCCAACUGUGAGCUUCCUGAGGCGAGCCUGAUCACGUCCAAAACUCCGGUGAGGGAGGGGGAUAACGUCCAGCUGUCCUGCACCACGUCUGGAGUCCCAGCGCCGCAGCAGAUCUGGAACACGGCGCUCAUCACCUACUACGAGAUCCAGACGUCGGGGCAGACCUCGGUCCUUCACCUGUACAACGUCUCGUCCAUGGACCACAACAGUAUGAUCAGCUGCACGGCCCAGAACGUGGUGGGAGAGAGGGAGGCGUCUCUUCUGCUCGAUAUCCUCUUUCCUCCAAAAAUCACCAAACUGAGCGACGCCAUCUCCGACCACCACUGGUGCAUCCCCUUCAGCGUCUCAGGAAACCCCAAGCCCGUCCUGACCUGGUACCUGGACGGCAAAGAGGUGACGGAGGGUCGCUACAUCAUGACCAAGAUCCACGACGUGACCGACCGCGAGUACCACGGCUGCCUCCAGCUCGACAGCCCCACCCACAUCAACAACGGCCACUACACCCUGGUGGCGCGGAACGAGUUUGGCAUGGACCGCAAGGAGGUCGACGCCCACUUCAUGCACACCCCGGGGGAAGGUCAUGAGACGUAUUAUUACGACCUAACGACAGAGGGAUACCCCAUCGACCCCCCAGAGGACAGAGUCGCGGUGUACGUGGUGGUGGGCAUCGCCGCGGUGGCCCUGGUCGGCUUCCUCCUCAUGUUGGUGAUUCUCAAAUUCAGCGGAAACUCCAAAUUCGGCAUCAAAGGUCCUUCUUCUGUGAUCAGUAACGACGACGACUCCGCCUCGCCGCUCCACCACGUGUCCAACGGCAGCAACACGCCGUCCUCGUCCGAGAUGGGACCGGACGCCGUCAUCAUCGGAAUGACCAAGAUCCCCGUGAUCGAGAACCCGCAGUACUUCAGGAGCACCAACAGUCUGCUCAAGACCGACACGUUCGUGCAGCACAUAAAGAGACACAACAUCGUCCUGAAGAGGGAGCUGGGAGAGGGAGCGUUUGGGAAAGUGUUUCUGGCCGAGUGUUACAACCUGUCCCCAGACCAGGACAAGAUACUCGUGGCUGUCAAGACCCUGAAGGAGGCCAGCGAAAACGCCCGAAAGGACUUCCACCGCGAGGCCGAGCUCCUGACCAACCUCCAGCACGAGCACAUCGUGACGUUCUACGGCGUGUGCGUGGAGAGCGACCCCCUCAUCAUGGUGUUUGAGUACAUGAAGCACGGAGACCUCAACAAGUUCCUCAGGUCCCAUGGUCCAGACGCCGUGCUCAUGGCGGAGGGAGGGACCACCAGGCCUGUGGAGCUCACUCAGUCUCAGAUGUUACACAUCGCUCAGCAGAUCGCCUCAGGGAUGGUGUACCUGGCCUCCCAGCACUUUGUGCACCGCGACCUGGCCACCAGAAACUGCCUGGUCGGGGAGAACCUGCUGGUGAAGAUCGGGGACUUUGGGAUGUCCCGAGACGUGUACAGCACUGACUACUACAGGGUAGGUGUGGGCGGGCACACCAUGCUGCCGAUUCGCUGGAUGCCUCCUGAGAGCAUCAUGUACAGGAAGUUCACCACAGAGAGCGACGUGUGGAGUUUAGGCGUCGUCCUCUGGGAAAUCUUCACCUACGGGAAACAGCCCUGGUACCAGCUGUCCAACAACGAGGUGAUCGAGUGCAUUACGCAGGGCCGUGUGCUACAGCGCCCCCGCACCUGCCCCAAGGAAGUGUACGACCUGAUGCUGGGCUGCUGGCAGAGAGAACCGCACAUGAGACUCAACAUUAAGGAAAUCCACGGCCUUCUUCUCAACCUGGCCAAAGCUUCUCCGGUUUACCUGGACAUCCUGGGCUAA